AUGCAAUACACCACCGCCAUCCUCCUCACUGCCGCGGGGCUCAUCUCCAGCGCAUCAGCCCACGGCCGCAUCCUCACCCCCACUCCACGCUCCCCCGGUGCCGCCAUGGCCUCUGCAUGCGGUACGCAAGUAGAAGGCAACCAAGCCUCUGACCCCAACGGCAACAUCCAAGGCAUGCUACAAGUAGCUGCUUCGCAAACCGACUACGACGCCGCCGCCUGCAACAUCUGGCAAUGCAAGGGCUACAAGUACGCCGACAACACGGACAAAGUUCAGAGCUGGACUGCGGGAGAAGUCGUGCCGUUUACUUUUGAUGUGGCGGCUCCGCAUACGGGAACUGCGAAUAUUUCGAUUGUGGAUACCGCCAGUAAUACCGUUAUUAAACAGUUGUUGUAUUACAGUGUUUUUGCAUCCACGGCGACGGGGGUCACGGCUAAUGAAACAAAGUUCAGUGUUACCAUUCCUGAGGAUUUAGGUACGCAGUGUUCGACGGCUGGUGCGUGUAUUAUUCAACAUUGGUGGGAUGCCGCUUCCAUCGAUCAAACCUAUGAAUCCUGUGUGGAUUUCACCGUCGGUGGUUCAGCGGCUGGAUCCUCUUCUUCAGCGGCUGUUUCCAGCGUGGCUUCUUCUACUAUUGUGGCAUCGACUGUUGCUGCUUCUUCUUCUUCUUCAGUCGCUGUUGUCGGUUCUUCUAGCUCGGCUGUCGUCUCGUCGGUUAGCUCGGUGGCUGCGGUUAUCACAUCGACUGCCUCGGGCGCCGUUCAAACUACCACUUUUGCUGCUCUGCCUACUACUCUCGCUACAAUUACAAAGGCGAGUACCACAUCUAGUGCAGCGGCCGUUGCUACUUCUGCGGCAGCUGAGGAAGAUGAUGAUACUUGUGAUGCAUAA